AUCGCUUUUCUUUUUUCGCUUUUCUUUUAUCGCUUUUCUUUAAAAAAAAAAAAAAAGAUGCCCCGAUUAUUUGAUCCAUAUAAUGAAAAAAUUAUUAGAGAAUUUAUGUUAGAAAAUCCUAACCAUCCAAGUCCAUUCGCAGAAUUAAGUAGAAAGAUACCAUUUAAUAACAAACAAAUUAGUCAUCAUUGGAAUGAUAAACUUAAUCCUCUACUUUGUCCUGAUCCUCUUUCUGAUAUCGAAAGAAUUUUUAUUCAUAAUUGGGCUAGAAACAAUCAACAAAAUGGUACUUAUAAUUGGAAACAUUGUCAAAGUGAAAUGAGGAUAACUUUUAAUAAGUUACAUUCUACAAAUAAAAUAAAAAAUGCUUGGAAUUCCGAACAAAAACGACUUGCACGUGAAGUUGGAAAUGAAAUUGGAAUUUCUGUUCAAACUACAACUACAUUCAUAUCAUCAUCAUCUUUAUCAAUUAAUUUGAUGAAUAAUAAUAAUAAUGAAGUCGAAUAUUUUACUAGAACAUCUAUUUCAUCACUUUUGACUGUUAAUGAUGAUAUCAUACUUUCAUCUCCUCCAUCUCCUAUUGAACCUUAUUUUAGACCUGAUCUAACAAAAAAUGACAGAAAUUAUCUUUUAAAUAUAACUUUUGGAUAUUGGAAAUAUCAUUAAAUUAUUAAAUUAGAAUUUUAGUAUUUAUGAAACGUGAAUUUUCUUUUUUUUUUUUU